AUGAUAACAAUAUCUAUCAAGUUAAGAAGAACGACACUUGGCCGACUGUACUCACAGAACAUCUCCAGCGUCCUUCAUCUCACUGAGCAUCCAAACAUCACGCAUGGGUGUUUUUAUUACUUCUACCAAGAUGACAAGCACAGCAUUUAUAAUUGCAUUGGCUAUUUUAGCAGCACAAUUUACACAAGAUGCAACAGUGACGGCACAAUCAUCUUCAAGCGGCUCAACAGUGACGGCACCAUCAGCUUCAACCGGCCCAACAGUGACGGCAACAUCAGCUUCAACCGGCCCAACAGUGACGACACCAUCAGCUUCAAGCGGCCCAACAGUGACGACACCAUCAGCUUCAAGUGGCCCAACAGUGACGACACCAUCAGCUUCAAGUGGCCCAACAGUGACGACACCAUCAGCUUCAAGUGGCCCAACAGUGACGACACCAUCAGCUUCAAGCGGCCCAACAGUGACGACACCAUCAGCUUCAAGCGGCCCAACAGUGACGACACCAUCAGCUUCAAGCGGCUCAACAGUGACGGCACCAUCAGCUUCAACCGGCCCAACAGUGACGACACCAUCAGCUUCAAGCGGCCCAACAGUGACGACACCAUCAGCUUCAAGCGGCCCAACAGUGACGACACCAUCAGCUUCAAGCGGCCCAACAGUGACGACACCAUCAGCUUCAAGCGGCCCAACAGUGACGACACCAUCAGCUUCAAGCGACUCAACAGUGACGACACCAUCAGCUUCAAGCGACUCAACAGUGACGACACCAUCAGCUUCAAGCGGCCCAACAGUGACGACACCAUCAGCUUCAAGCGGCCCAACAGUGACGACACCAUCAGCUUCAAGCGACUCAACAGUGACGACACCAUCAGCUUCAAGCGGCCCAACAGUGACGACACCAUCAGCUUCAAGCGGCCCAACAGUGACGACACCAUCAGCUUCAAGCGACUCAACAGUGACGACACCAUCAGCUUCAAGCGACUCAACAGUGACGGCACCAUCAGCUUCAAGCGGCCCAACAGUGACGACACCAUCAGCUUCAAGCGGCCCAACAGUGACGACACCAUCAGCUUCAAGCGACUCAACAGUGACGACACCAUCAUCUUCAAGCGGCUCAACAGUGACGGCACCAUCAGCUUCAACCGGCCCAACAGUGACGGCACCAUCAGCUUCAAGCGGCCCAACAGUGACGACACCAUCAGCUUCAAGCGGCCCAACAGUGACGGCACCAUCAGCUUCAAGUGCCCCAACAGUGACGGCACCGUCAGCUUCAAGUGGCCCAACAGUGACGACACCAUCAGCUUCAACCGGCCCAACAGUGACAACACCAUCAGCUUCAAGCGGCUCAACAGUGACGGCACCAUCAGCUUCAAGUGGCCCAACAGUGACGGCACCGUCAGCUUCAAGUGGCCCAACAGUGACGACACCAUCAGCUUCAACCGGCCCAACAGUGACAACACCAUCAGCUUCAAGCGGCUCAACAGUGACAGCGCCAUCAGCUUCAAGCGGCUCAACAGUGACGGCACCAUCAGCUUCAAGUGGCCCAACAGUGACAACACCAUCAGCUUCAAGCGGCUCAACAGUGACAGCGCCAUCAGCUUCAAGCGGCUCAACAGUGACGGCACCAUCAGCUUCAAGCGGCUCAACAGUGACGACACCAUCAGCUUCAACCGGCCCAACAGUGACGACACCAUCAGCUUCAAGCGGCUCAACAGUGACAGCGCCAUCAGCUUCAAGCGGCUCAACAGUGACGACACCAUCAGCUUCAAGCGGCUCAACAGUGACGGCACCAUCAGCUUCAAGUGGCCCAACAGUGACGACUCCAUCAGCUUCAACCGGCCCAACAGUGACGGCGCCAUCAGCUUCAAGCGGCUCAACAGUGACGGCACCAUCAGCUUCAAGUGGCCCAACAGUGACGACACCAUCAGCUUCAACCGGCCCAACAGUGACGACACCAUCAGCUUCAAGCGGCCCAACAGUGACGGCACCAUCAGCUUCAAGCGGCCCAACAGUGACGGCAUCAUCAGCUUCAAGCGGCCCAACAGUGACGGCACCAUCAGCUUCAAGCGUCUCAACAGUGACGGCACCAUCAGCUUCAAGCGGCCCAACAGUGACGACACCAUCAGCUUCAAGCGGUGCAACAUCAACGCCGGAAUCUAUAGCUCAAAUCAUACAAAUGACACAAACAACCUCACCUACAAUUUUAUCACAAUCUACAACUAAACUGGGGUCAACAACCGCAACAACUCAUUCAUCAACUAAAAUCCAGCUUCCAUCUACUACUAGUUUACAAACAAUCACCACCCCACGUACAACAACCCUGACAACUACAACAAGAACGACAACCACAGCACCCAUU